GUUACCGUGAAAAAAUAAAGUUGUACUUACUUAAGUCAGAAAAAUUAAUACCUUUUACUUUUCAGUGUUACUUUAAGUUAUUCAUUAAAUACUAAAUGGUAAACUUAGGUUUUCCUAAUUUCAGGAGGCUGGCUUCUAGUCGCCAAUUGGUUAAUGGAAAGCUCUACUCCACCUGCUCAGAACUGGGAACCUGAGGCAUCAUACCGCAGGAUCAGCGUCUAUCAGAACAACAGAAUGGGUAUCGGAUUAAGCGCCAUGAAGGAGCUCAGGACACACCUGUCUUUCACUCAGCUUAGAUUCCACUGCAGUAAACAACAGGGACGUACGUUCCACGUGACUACGGUCGCCAACAGCACUGGUGAAGCUGUGGUCCAGUACUUCAGUGAUCAGACGAACGUACUUCCCCUUGCUUGCAAUUCUCUUAAGAGAUUGGAUGAUGAUAACUCUCAGUUGGCCAUGCAAUGUCAUCGGUGGGGUUCACAAAAUAACGGGAAAUGGGGAAGCCGCAACCACAAAGGAAACAAAAGGAUGUACAAUCGAGCGGCAUUUAUUCCUGGCGAGAAUCAAUGGAAUAUCGUUAACGGAAAAUGGCUGUGCGAUGAUACGGGAAGCAACGGAGUAUCGUCAAGGGAUUUUUGGAAAAUCUAUGUGCGCUGAAAUGUAGAUAACAAUCACAGAACUGUUGACUUUUACAUUUUGAGGCAUUUGUCCGUUUCUUCUGAAACAAAGCAUAAUUCCGUUUGAAAUGUGAGGCAAUUUAAACAAUUACUCAGGGUAGCAUCAUUGAGAGACUUCUGGAGAAUCUAUGUAAGAUGUAGAGUAUAAUCACAGAAACGCCGAAAAAGAAUUCUGUGUUUUGCGGCACUAGGCUGACAUUUGCUGUUUUUUCCUUCAGUUGUUCAGAUAAAGGACGUUAGUAAAUAGCUCUUUCAACAACUAGACCUAUGCUGCAAAAGUUUGACCAGCGCUCCACUGAAAACCAGGCAAAAGAAAACAGCUCUUAACUGUUGGCCUGCAUCGCUAGGGUCAAAGUGGCUGUGCAAUAUUUGGGUGGUAAAAGUAACAUUCAUCAGGAACUAGGGACUCUAAGUGAUGAAGUGAACCAAAUGGUUGGGAUAUAUAAAAAUAGAGUGAGAUAAAAUGCCACUUUACUAUACUAAGUAAGGUUGAAAACACAUGCAAAAGAAACCAACUUGAAAAUAAUGUAUCUAUGAGUAUAAUGAGGUCCCUAAUUUACCAAACAGGUACACCGUACGGCGAGUGACCUCGUAGACUGGAUGAUAGGGGUUUGAUUGAAAUCUCUAAGAGCCUAUAAUGACAGAUAACAGUUCAAUUAAACUUACCAAUACCACAGGUGCAUACGAAGAAACAACUUGGUACGAAUCCCUUGUAGGAUUCGUUUGUAGUUUCAACAACAUCUUGUUGGGUUUGGGCACCUGUAUAGUGACGCAGAUUGUGGCGAGUGAGACUGUGAUCCUCAAAGUUUGUUGAGUUUUGUCGCGGAAACAAUCGUCUGUUAUUUCUAUUCGAUGUAUCCUCUGGAUUUGUCCUUUCACUUCACAGAGGGAGAAAUUGCAUGGUUUAACUCGAUGCACAAUUUGUACUCUAUUUUGUCGGGAAACUGUAAAUUACUUGUAAAUACUCCUAACUACGGCUUUUCACUAAUAGACAGCCUUGAAGGUUACAUACAUGCAAAAUUAUGCUAGAUGAAGAAAUGAAAAUAGAAAACAUAAAAAACGUCUUGAAAAGAAAACACGAGAUUAACCCUAUAACGUUAUAAUAAUAUAAAAAAAUAUAUCUUACAUAAGAUCUAAGGUGACAAUGAUGGGAAAAGAUACCAUGUCUGUAAUUGAUUAUUUCACCGGGGUAUUAAGUCGUCAGUUUAGCAGACCAUACAUUCUUUCGUGAGUUUCUCUAUCACCAUUUUAUAGUCUUUCAUUUGUUACAUGUAGCUAUACUUGAGGUCCACAAAAAUUAUUUGUUUCAGUGGCAUGCCUGUAAACUAGCUA